AUGAUCGGGCUCACGUGGAUCCUGCUCAUCGGUAGCAUCGACGUAUGCUGGGCCACAGGUUUAGAAACAACUGAGGCAGAAAGAUCAAAUGGCGAAACAAUUCUGGAGGAUGCAACUGAGGACUACUGGGCAGGAAGUGGCUCCGGCCCCGAGGAGGACGAGACAAAUCGAACAGAAACACGAGAAGCCCUUACCCACGAAGCUAGUGAUCAGGAUGCCGUGGUUUAUGUGGGCGAGGGUGCGUCGUAUGUGCCCGUGCCGGCGUUGAAGAGACCGUUGAGUCCGAAUCUCCAGGCGCUGCAGACACUCCAGGGGCUGCAAGGCCUCGCUGGGGGUGGAGGCGGUGCUGGUAGCGGUGAGGACGAGUGGGGAAGACAUCCGGAGACUUGGGAUCGGGAGCACAGGAGGUACAGGCCGAAUACUACUCGAGUACAACAUAUCGAGGCAGAGUGUCAGGACGACUACAUGAAGAUAAGAAUCGGCUUCAAUGGCUCCUUCGCGGGUCUAUUAUACUCAGCGGGCUACUCUUACGAUCCUGACUGCAUGUACGUCAAUGGUACUGGCCGGGAUUACUACGAGUUUUACAUUCAGUUGAAUCGUUGCGGCACCCUUGGCGAGAACACCCACCAUCAGGACAGCAGAAAGAAUCCAACGAAGAAUCUCAUGUGGAAUACUGUUACUGUGCAGUAUAAUCCGCUUAUUGAGGAGGAGUUUGAUGAGCAUUUCAAAGUUACGUGCGAGUACGGAUAUGACUUCUGGAAGACUGUGACUUUUCCCUUUCUCGACGUCGAGGUUGCGACGGGAAACCCAGUAGUAUUUACCCUUCAGCCCCCCGAAUGCUACAUGGAGAUAAGAUACGGGUACGGAACAACCGGAACUCGAGUUGCGGGACCUGUCAGGGUUGGGGACCCACUGACACUCAUCAUCUACAUGAGGAGCAAAUACGAUGGUUUCGAUAUCGUCGUUAAUGACUGCUACGCACAUAACGGGGGAAACAAGAGAAUUCAACUUAUCGAUCAGUAUGGAUGUCCCGUGGAUGACAAGUUGAUUAGCAGGUUCAGGGGUUCCUGGUCGGAGAGCGGAUUGUUCGAGACGCAGGUCUUCGCUUACAUGAAGACGUUCAGGUUCACGGGCUCGCCGGCGCUGUACAUCGAGUGCGAUGUGAGAAUGUGUCAUGGAAGGUGUCCGAGUCAACCCUGUCACUGGAGAAAUUCCAAGAACGUUGCCAAAAGAUCGUUGGCCCUCGCUGGUCCUACGACUCCGGCAACGAGCUUAUCAGAGAAUGUUAAUCUAUUCCAGUCACUGCGGGUGCUUCAAGAGGGCGAGGCAGAACCUGAAAUCUUCCAGAAUUCAACGGCCUCGUUGCACAAUGGGCCUAGUGAAGCACCCCCUGGCGAUAGAGUCUGCCUCCGAUCAACGGUAGUCAGUACAAUAGUCGGCCUGGGCUGCGCCUUAAUCUGCAUAAUGAUUGGUACCCUCCUCGCCCUCUGCUCGCGAAUACGACGCGCAGCGAGAGAAAAAUUACUGAGCGAUAGUCUGAGCUACAUGACUCACAAAGGUCGAAUUAAUUAACUUCCCGAUAAGCCUAAAAUAAGACGAAAUAAUAAUUUCAACGGAAUAAUUCACCACUGAGUGAGUGAGGAAUUCCAUCUUGAUCAAGAUCUUCACUAAAUUAUAUUUUUUACGAGUGAAAAUAAAGAAAAUAAAUCUAGACACGAGUGUAGAAACAGAGAUGCGAACAAGUGACCUGUGUAAAUAGCAGGCACUGGAUCAACUCCGCGUCCGGUUUACACGCAAUGAGAAAACACUAAUUACGAAUAUUUAAUUAAGGGUUCUCUGCUUUACGAGAGUUUGCCAUUUACUUGGAUUUGUCUUCAUUUCCAAGCCAAUGGCCCUUCGAAGGAUCUACCGACUCACUUGAUAUGCAAUCGAAGGCAAUCAAUGUUCAAUUAACGGAAUAGGAAAAAUCGUGGAUAAUAAAGAGAAGAAUUCAAUAGCCAUGUUUUCGAUUGAUAUAUCUGAAUCUAAUGGAAAUGUACUGUUAACAA